AUGGAUCCUACUACCACACCAGGGCAUCCCAAUCGCUUCAAGAUGGGCCCGGAUGCUUCGGACCCAGUUCCAUCAUCGUCGCCAGGAUUCGGCACACCUGCGCGCCCAUUGCGAUUGGCAAGAGUAAAUGCGCCGCCUACAAAGACCUCCAUUCUACCCAUUCUUCUUCCUCCCGCGACUCUCCGCCCAGUGGCGUUCCGGACCUUCACUCGGAAGCACAAUCUGACGAUAUCUUCUGCGGCGCUGCAAACUCUUGCGGUUUUUGUGGGCAAGAAUUGUGGCUCGGGAUGGCGCGAAGAAGGUCUGGCCGAGAAGGCCCUGGACGAGGUGGCCAAGGCGUGGAAACGAGCUGGAGGCGGCGUCAUUGUGGAUGAGGGCAAAGGCGCCUCAUUGAAACUGAUUCUGCAGACUCUCGAGAGCAGUAUGAGUGGAGGUCGAGUGGUUGCUGGGAAGGGAAAUGCGCAAGACGGCACUGGGAGACUAUCCGCUCUGGUCGUGGACGCUACUGGAAGGAUGACCGAUGCCAACAAUGAGUCGUCACUUUCGACACGAGCUGGUGAGACGGAAGAAGAUGAUUCAAAGCUACCCCUUCAUCCUCGGCAUUGGCUUAAAGUUGUCGACGCAACGGACCUUCCGCGCCUUGCCUAUAACGUUGAUAAAAAGUACUUUGAGGCGCACAAGUCGAAGCCGACGUUGUUCCCGCCUCCUUCUCGCAAAAUAGCGCUGUUCCGGGAUCGGUACAACCUGGUGUACCAGCGACUUCUACGCAAUGAGUCUUUUCAAAGCUCGCUAGGUGUGGCCGGCAUGCCGUCUUUGCAGAGGUCGUCGUCAAAUCUGGGCAUGCAGCAAUCUUACAAAUUGACCCCAAUUGCCAACUUGCUUGGACGCAGCGGCACAUCACAUUUGAUUCUGGGCUUGUUGUCCAUCUCGCCUACUGGAGAUCUCUCCCUAGUGGAUUUGACAGGGACCGUGACCCUAGACCUCAGUCAUGCGCGAAUGAUUCCCGAGGAUGGCGCCUGGUUUGCCCCGGGCAUGAUUGUGCUUGUCGAUGGCAUCUACGAGGAGGAGGAGAUGGUUCAAGGAUCCAUGCUCGGCGGCAACCAUGGUGUCGGAGGAGCCAUUGGAGGUCAUUUUGUAGGUGUGUCCAUAUGUGGUCCGCCCUGCGAGCGCAGAGAUAUCUCUCUUGGAACCGGUACCCGUCAAGGUGCCGGAGAUGUCAGUUCUAGUGGUGGAUUCGGCUGGGUCGAUUUCCUUGGAACUGGCAGCGAGCGUGCACAGGGCGCGCGUAUGAGACGAAUCCAGGAGAAAUGUAUUCGGGAAGCAGCAGCAACAGCUGUAUCUUCUAAUGAAUCCAUCGAGUCCUCCUCUCCCGCGCGGCUGAAGGUUGCCAUUUUGGGCGAAGUCAAUCUUGACAAUAUGAAGACGCUUGACGCACUUCGCAAGGUCUUCAGCACGUACAGUGAUCUCGCACUCUGCGAUCGACCGGAAGCAUUUGUCUUGAUCGGCAAUUUUGUUCAGACGCCGAUCAUCAACGGAGGGGGACGAGCUGGAAGUAUCGAAUACAAGGAAUUCUUUGACUCCCUCGCUCUGGUGCUUUCCGACUUUCCUACUCUUCUCCAGCACUCUUCCUUCGUCUUCGUUCCCGGCGACAAUGAUCCCUGGGCAUCGUCCUUCUCAGCCGGCGCAGCAAGCACUAUCCCUCGACAACGCAUUCCAGAACUCUUCACCUCUCGCAUCCGUCGUGCCUUUGCGACAGCAAACAACGAGAUUGACAAAUCCCACUCCACCGAGCCCCCAGGCGAAGCGAUCUGGACUUCCAAUCCAACGCGUUUGUCCUGGUUUGGACCCCUUCACGACAUCGCCGUAUUCCGUGACGAUCUAUCCGGUCGACUCCGACGCACUGCAAUUACCACACGACUCCCCGAGGACGACAACGAGCCAGAAGAUAACAUCAUGCAAGAAGCACCAUCCCAAUCUCCCUCCCAGAACGCCGUCGAUCUUGACGAGGCCAACGGGUCCAAACCCGUCAUAAACGGCGGCGCGUCAACAUCAACCUCAACCACCGCGUCUACAAACAGCGCCGCCACGGCUCGCAAACUAGUCAAAACGAUCCUCGACCAAGGCACAAUGUCCCCCUUCCCUGUUCACGUCCGACCCGUCCUAUGGGACUAUGCCUCGGCAGUGCAACUAUAUCCCCUUCCAACGGCCUUGGUAUUGGCCGACGCCGAAGCUGCUCCAUUCUGCAUGACCUAUGAAGGAUGCCAUGUGAUGAAUCCAGGACGCCUGCUGCCUCCAGGUGAUGCGCAGAUCGUCAAAUGGAUCGAGUAUGACGUCCUGCGGAAUCGCGGACGAGUCAAGGAGGAGCGGUUUUAG